AUGAGUAUUAUUAGCUGGAACUGUCGGGGCCUCGGUAACCCGAAUGCAGUUCUUAAUUUGAAAUUCCUUAUCCGAAAAUAUAAACCGGAUAUAUUGAUAUUGUAUGAGACCUUAGUUCAUUCAAAUAAAACAGAAGAGUUGCGUUAUGUAUUGGGUUUUGAUUCCUGUUUUACCGUGGAUCGUGAAGGGAGGGGAGGAGGACUGGCAGUAUUUUGGCACAAACAGUCCAAUUGUUCUAUUUCUAAUUUUUCUCAAAAUCAUAUUGAUAUGGAGGUUGUUGAUGCUAGACGAGGAACUUGGCGUCUUACAGGUUUUUAUGGUUAUCCAGGUGGUAGUAGAAGAAGAGAUUCAUGGAACUUCCUUAGACAUUUGUCUCAUGUGUCUAAUAUACCGUGGUGCAUUAUUGGUGAUUUCAAUGAUAUUCUCUCCUCGGAUGAAAAAAAAGGUAGAGUUGAUAGGCCAAAUUGGUUGAUAAACGGCUUUCGUGAUGCAGUUCUUGACUCCGGCCUGAUCGAUAUACACAUGGAGGGAUAUCAAUUUACAUGGUUCAAAAGUCUUGGUACUGAUCGCGCUGUGGAAGAGAAACUUGAUAGAGCUAUGUCUAGCGAAGAAUGGUGUCAAUCAUUUCGUGAUGCUAGACUAGAAUGCUUGACUGUUACAUCAUCAGACCAUUACCCCUUAUGGCUUGUUCGUGAUCCAGUCCGAAUUUAUCCUAGAUCGGAUCGCAAAUUUAUGUUUGAGAAUGCGUGGCUAGUGGAUUCGGAGUUUGACAGUAUCGUGAGGAGUUGCUGGCAAAAUACUGGUGUUGAUGGUGUUGUGCAAAAACUUGAUAUGUGUGCUGCAACCAUGUCUCAGUGGAGUAAAGACAAUUUCCAAAACCUUCGCAGAGAAAUUGAUAAAUGUCAUAAGAGAUUAGAAAGAGCCCGAGAGAUUAUCUUCCCUUCUAGUAAAAGAUGA